AAUUGUUGCUGUCAUUAGCAAUAUCAAGGAGCAGUCAAUCCAAGCAGAGACGUAAGUAAAAUUGCUCGUUACAAAUUAUUUGCCACAACUGGGAAAAUACACAGCUGUUUAUAUUUAGACCUCCAGUAAUCUGGGUGGACAUCUUUCACGGUUAUUAUAAAUUCUAGCUUUGUGAUCAUGGAAACAUGGAUUAAUGGUGUAUCCGUUGCCUUUCUACUCGAUACUUCAAGCAGUAUGAUAGGAGAGGGCUUUGAGCAAAUGAAAAAAGUAUUCCUGUCAAUAAUUCAAGGAUACUCUGAUGAGCCCUCAAUAGAUCAUUGUGUUGCUGUCAUAAGCUUUGGAAAAGAAGUACAAGUUUUACAAAAAUACUCAAAUGACUACAGCAAUAUGUUGCACAUCUUAGAUGACAUAGAAUGUGAGGGACCGUCAUCAUUAAAACAAGCACUUAUGGCAGCGUACCCCUUCUUAAGAUCAGGAUUAAAUGGGAGUUUUAUUGGUCCAUUCUACAUCAAUGCAAACCUGGUUAUUAUAUCGGGGGGUGAUGUAUCCGGCGAAGACGAAAACGAAAUAAAUGACAAACAACGGGAAGUACUGUCUAUGGCUAGACUAAUUGGCUCAGAAAAUCCGAUUGUAUGUGUGCAAGUUGGCGACAACCCGGACAAGCGUUUCUUAGGUGGAAUUGCAUUUUCAUCGAGAUAUGGAAAGCUUUUAGAUAUUUACGAGGCGCCGCAGUUUGCACGAUAUCCUGCAAAUAUGGUCGUCGCAUCAAAAAUUAUUGGCAGUGUUCCAACAACAAAAUACUCUGUAGAUGACGUAAGAGAAGCACUGAAGUCUAAAGAGGAGUUUGCAUCAAUAACAGAGAAGGAUAUAGGUGACAUUUUUAAGAUUCUGACCAACAGACAUGCGUAUGGGAUUUUUUCUUGCCAGUCAAACUCCACUGAUAAUGAUUUGCAGUUGGAAGGUGAUCCUAGGUUUCCACCGAUUGGAACGCGUGUCAGAAGAGGACCUUGUUGGCCAUUUUCCAACCAGGAUUCCUGCAUGCCUGGAACAGUCAUAGGUUAUAGAAAUGGUUAUUCAAACUUACUAGUUGAAUGGGAUACAAGCAUGGUAUUUCCGUAUCAUUUUGACAAGUAUGGGUUUCAUCAAAUAUCUAAUGUGGAGGUCUGUGACGUACCAAGAGUUCUACAAACAGAGAAAAUUGCCGUAGGAUGUCUUGUUCAGAGAGGUCCAGACUGGAAGUGGUUUGACCAAGAUGGCGGGAAUGAUAAUAUUGGGACGGUCUACAAAGUGAAGAGAGACAACACCAUCUUUGUACACUGGUUUAAUGGUACAAAGGGAAACUACAGAUUCGGAUAUGAUAACAAAUAUGACCUUAAGGUCUGUAACCCUCUUGAUGAAAAUGUUAUGAAAAAACUUGAAAAUCAACAAAGAGAUUGGCACUCGGAUGUUUUGAAGAGAAGGUUUCCAGUCUUCCACCUAAUGUUCUUACAUGCAGAGACUCUGAAAAAGGGCACAGAAGAAUGGGAUGAAUUGUUAGACGAAGGUCUAAAAGUUAAUGAAAACACUUCGACAAAUCUAAAUACAAAGGAGGCUUAUGGAGAAAAGGAGGACUCAACCUCUCAAAGUUCACAAACCGAGGAUGAAUUGUUAGACGAAGGUCAAAUAGAUCAGGAAAACACUUCGACAAAUCAAAAUACCGGAGAGGAUUAUGGAGAGCAGGAAAACUCAAACUCUAAAGGCUCACAAGAAGAGGAUGAAUGUGAUGAGAGUGAGAAUGAGUUAGACGAAGGUAAAAAAAUUCAGAAAAACACUUUGCAAAAUCAGAAUUCAGGAAAGGAUAAUGAAGAACAGAAUGACCCGAACUCUAAAGGUGAAGAGUGACGUUGUCCAAGAUGAGUCGUAUUAAUAUCAUUAGCACAGAAUUGCAGAACACAAGACUUCUCAGCUGAUUCGUUCUCAAUGUGGUCACCGAUGCUUGUGAUUGUGACCACAGCAUCUACGUCAAUUUGAUUAAAGAGAUGACUUCUAUUUUGUUUUCCUAUGAAUGUUAUGUAAAUUGUGAAUAAUUAUGUAAUAUUUCAAUAUAAUCGUUACUUGUGCUAUCAUUUAUAUAGUGUACAAAAUGAAAAUAAACAAAUAACAGAAGCAAUACAUUUUUAUGUAAAAGAAUAAUUUAUAAAUGAUAACACUGGUUUUUCUUUAUAUUAAACAUACAUUUACUCACAAGGGUUGUUAGAAAAGGUCGCAAACAAGUUCGAUUGUGAGCGGGCUAUUCGAAUGAUACCAGCGAAACCUUUCAGAUUUAAUCUUAUUUUAAGAAACAUGUAAAGAUUUGAUUUUUUUA